UUUCUUUCGCAUCAUCAUCGCCUUUCGCCAGUCACCACAAAUUACAGGAAGAGGAGCCGGAGCUUUAAGACUUGGAAUUUGUUGAUCCUUCUUUCUUUCUUUCUUUCUACUUUGUUUUCUUCUUCUUCAAGGACCGGAAAAUGGCGAUUAACUCACCGAUUACCGGAUUCAAAAUGGUCCAUACACCAUCUUCUUUGCCUCAGGCAACCUCAUCUCACACGGUCGUAGCCACCGUCAGGAUGCCGCCUCUCCGUACAUCUCUCUUCGGCGAUGGAGUUGGAGCCUCAAGAUUUACGAGAUUAGUCUUGCCCCGUUCCGAUAGAUUGAGAUGUCAGGGUGCUGGCAAGGGUGCUCUUGGUGCUCAAAUGAACCUUUUUGACCGAUUUGCUAGAGUGGUCAAGUCCUAUGCAAAUGCUAUUGUAAGCUCCUUCGAAGACCCAGAGAAGAUAUUGGAACAGACCGUGCUUGAAAUGAAUGACGAUUUGAUAAAGAUGCGCCAAGCAACAGCACAAGUUUUGGCAUCCCAGAAGCAGUUGGAGAAUAAAUACAAAGCUGCACAGCAAGCUUCUGAAGACUGGUAUAAAAGAGCACAACUUGCUCUUAGUAAGGGAGAGGAAGAUCUUGCUCGUGAAGCCCUCAAAAGGCGUAAAUCGUAUGCUGAUAAUGCAAAUGCUUUGAAGACUCAACUGGAUCAGCAGAAGGGUAUUGUUGAUAAUCUUGUCUCUAAUACACGGCUUCUAGAGGGCAAGAUACAAGAGGCAAGAUCAAAGAAAGAUACGUUAAAAGCACGUGCUCAAUCAGCCAAAACUGCAACUAAAGUGAGCGAAAUGCUUGGAAAUGUCAACACUAGCAGUGCUCUCUCUGCAUUUGAGAAGAUGGAAGAAAAAGUUAUGGCAAUGGAAUCUCAAGCAGAGGCUCUUAACCAGUUGUCCACUGAUGAUCUUGCUGGAAAGUUUGCAUUAUUAGAGAGUUCUUCAGUGGAUGAUGAUCUUGAAAGCUUAAAGAAGGAACUAUCUGGGAGUCAAAAGAAAGGAGAGCUUCCAGCAGGAAGAACAGCGGUUGCUAGCUCUAACUCGGGAUUUCCAUUUCAAGACACAGAGAUUGAGAGGGAGUUAAAUGAACUGAGGAGAAAAGCAAAGGAAUUAUAAGAUUUUACUUUGGAUAAUAUGGUGCAGCAAGCAUGUAUGGCCUUAUUUAAGUCAGUCCUUUUGAUUAAUCUUUAGCAGUGAUGGUGGUUAUGGCAUUUAUCAUCAUCUAAUCUAGGCCGGCCUUUUAUAUGAAUAGAGUGGAACCCAACUCAAAUGUUGUUUCUUUCUUCUUUAAUCUUUUCUUUCUUAUAUAUAUUUUUGUAAGUGACUAUUAUCUAUCCUAUUAUUAUAAUGUCAUAUUGGCUUCUUCAACAUUUUGUGUGUAAUCAACUAUAAUGUUGUCUA